AUGGAUUCCAGAAGGCAGUGCUCGGAGGCCAGCUUCAAAUUACCACCCAUUCAAGAACUUUUCACUGAAUCUGAAAGGAGAGUACUUUUAGGAUCUAAUAAUUCAGCUUUACGAAAGAACAAGCACUGGUCCGUCAACAACGAAACGGACAACUCUGAGGAAGCUCUGGUCGAAGUCAUGGCCCCAGAGCAGAGGUUGCAGGACACUGUCACCAAAAAGCUGACCGUCACCAAAGCAACGACACUGGAUAGGAGGCGCCGGGCCACCACCGGAACUGCAGAAGCCAAUGGGAAAUCCGUGAUCGAAACGGCAGUUUUCAUCGAUCAAGCUCUUUACGAUCAAAUGCGGAGGACGUUUCCGGCUGACACGGAUCGGCAAUUGACGACAUUUGUCCUCACCAUGAUGAAUGCUGUGCAAAGAUUAUUUCAACAUUCGUCUUUAGGGAAAUCGCCCGAAAUUCGCUUGGUGCUAAUGGAAACCUUAAAGACGCAGCCACAGUUGAAAUUAUAUGCGAUAGCUAAUAAGGGGUCAUUCAAAAUCAACAUGUACGUUGUAGAUGAAAGUGGGCGACGUAAAAGACAUGUAGUUGGUUUGGCACCAGUAAGUGGCAUGUGCAAUCCCCUAAAUAGCUGUACCAUAAGUGAAGGAACCAGUUUCCAAACGGUUCUGGUGGCAGCUCAUGAAAUGGGACAUAGCCUAGGCAUGGAACACGAUGGCCACCAGGACGGAAAUCACUGCGACUCGGACACAUACGUCAUGUCCCCCACGUUGGGAGCCGGCAAAACCACCUGGUCGUCCUGCAGUCGACAGUACCUCGACAAAUUCCUCAGGUCUCCUCAAGCAAGCUGUUUACAGGCCGCCAGUCCUUACACCACAGAUCUCUUGGAGCCAGCCCCUGAAAAACUACCAGGGCAAGUGUACGAUGCGGACUAUCAAUGCACAUUGCGCUAUGGAGAGGGCAGUAGGAGGUCCGCCCUACAAUCUCCCGAGGAAAUAUGUCGUAUGCUUCGUUGUAAUACGGGAUAUGGCAACAAAGGAGUUUCUUUUGCCGCUCACCCAGCACUCGAGGGAACUGGCUGUGGAAGGGAAAAAUGGUGUCAAGGUGGCUUGUGUACCCCCAUGCAGCGCCUAUCAGGAACGUUAAGAGGAGGGCCCCUGGAUGGUGGGUGGGGUGCUUGGUCGACCUACAGCCCCUGUACCUCCGACUGUGUCUCGAGGGGGAAUAAUCCUGCUGUUGGAAUCAUGGUGUCCACAAGAAGAUGCGAUAAUCCUAGGCCUCAGAAUGGAGGACGUUUCUGCCCUGGGAAAGAUAGAAGAGUACUGACAUGUGAUGCCACAAGGAUUUGCACUUUAUCGACCAGAAAGUUGAUCCUGGAUGAGUUCAUCAGCGACACCUGUCGGCAAGCAUCAUCACGUGACAAUACACUGGAAAGCACCGGGACUCAAUUUCCGAGUCAAGAAAAUUCCCAUUCAUGCUAUGUGUGGUGCCACAAACGUGGUGGAGGAUAUAUGACUCAGGGUUGGACAAUACCGGAUGGAACUCCUUGCUGGAGAGGCCAUGGAAAUCAUAACAUGUACUGCGUCAAAGGAGAAUGCCAACCUUUUGAUUGCAACGGCUACAGCACGGAAAGCGCAAAUGAUCUGAGAUGUUCUGCAACAUUAUCUGGUGCAUCUGCUCUUUCCCCUGGUCCACAAUCAUCCAUGUCCGAAGGUGGCUGGGGACCUUGGCACAAAGUGAGUCAAUGCAGGCCUUCCUGUGUGCUGAAGGGCAAAGGGUUCCAGUUGGUAUCUAGAGAGUGCAACUCAGUUACCGGAUGCCCUGGACAAAGAGACAGUUUCCAACUCUGCGAUUCUUCCCUAUCAAGCUGCGGUACCAUGAAAACCGUGGAGCAAUACUCCAACGAAGUAUGCCAGCGAUAUAGAGUUAAAUAUCCGACAGUUCUCAGCGGAAAAGGAAGACAAUUACCACCCCAACCAGGAUUCAAGAAUGUAACUGUGCUGUGCCAAACGGGAAGUACACCUGUAGAUGAAGGAUUUUGCGCCCAUCUUAGCAAACCAGGACGUACUGGAGUUUGGCCUUGCAAUACUCAACCAUGCGGGGGCAAAUGGCAACAAGGCCGGUGGGAGACGUGCUCCUCCACGUGUGGCCCUGGUGUCCAGCAUAGAGAUGUGGUGUGCGUGCAACAGAGACAACAUUCGGGUUGUCUUUAUGGAAAAGUUGCUGGAAUUGAGACGAAUCCUAGUGGAGCAUAA